AUGGCGCUCGAGGCGGAGACCAAACGCAUGGUUGCACAGUUUGAAUACCCCGCCGAAGAGGUGAACAAGGGAGUCAAAGAGUUCAUUCGGCAGAUGCAAGAAGGUCUAGAGGCACAAGGAACAACACUCAGCCAGAUCCCAACUUACGUCACCUCGGUCCCCAAUGGCACAGAAAAGGGUGUAUAUCUGGCCGUCGACCUCGGUGGCACCAACUUCCGAGUUUGCUCGGUCACUCUGCACGGGAACCAUUCCUUCUCCCUUCAGCAGUCCAAAGUGGCCGUGCCAAGGUCUUUGAUGGAGGCGGAGACUGCCCACGAACUGUUUUCGUUUCUUGCCAAACAGAUCGAAAGUUUUCUGAAAUCGCACCAUAGCGACCAUUUCGAGAAGCACAAGAAUGUGCCUGCCGCCGAGGACUUCUUCGACUUAGGCUUCACCUUCAGCUUCCCUGUCAAUCAGAUUGGCAUCAACAAGGGCAAAUUAAUGCGAUGGACCAAAGGCUAUGAUAUCGAAGAAGCCGUCGGGAAGGAUGUCUGUGAGCUGCUGCAGCAGGAAAUCGAUGCAUUGAAACUCCCCGUACGGGUAGCAGCUCUUGUCAACGACACCGUGGGUACCCUGAUGGCUCGAUCAUACACCUCGCCCGGCAAGAUCAAAACGUUGAUUGGGGCCAUUUUCGGCACGGGCACCAACGGGGCCUAUGUCGAGAGACUGGAGAGAGUCACGAAAAUGAAGGCGAUCGACGAGGAGCAAGGCGGCAUCACCAACUACGACCCGUCCACGGGGCUCAUGAUUAUCAAUACUGAGUGGGGUAGUUUCGACAACGGGUUGCGCGUCCUCCCAAGCACGCAGUAUGACAUUGACUUGGAUCGAGAGUCGGUAAACCCCGGGCUGCAGAUGUUCGAAAAGCGCGUGUCGGGGAUGUUCUUGGGAGAGAUACUGCGACGGGCCUUGCUCAGCCUCCAUGAGCAUCCCGAUGCAGGCGUGGCCUUGUUCAAGGACGCAUCGUCCCUGGACAAUGAUGUUAGGAGCACCACCACGGUGGGUGAAGACAGUCCCCUGCACAAGCAGUGGGGUAUCGACACCUCCUUACUCUCUAUCGUCGAGGAAGACCAGUCCGACCACCUCCGAAUCACCAAGCAGACCCUAGAAAAGGAACUAAAGAUUGAAGCGGCAUCCACGGAGGACUGUGUAGCGGUCAAGACGCUCGUUCACGCCAUUGGGAAACGCGCCGCCAGACUCAGUGCGGUUGCCCUGGGGGGUAUUAUCCUCUCAACGAACAAGCUGGAGGAGGACGAGAUUGUGGAUAUCGGGGUCGAUGGCAGUUUGGUCGAAUACUACCCAGGAUUCGAGGAUUACAUCCGAGAGGCGUUUCGGGAAAUCAAAGGCAUUGGGGAGAAUGAGAAACGGAUCAGGAUCGGCCUGGCAAAGGACGGCAGUGGUCUUGGAGCUGCUCUGAUUGCCUUGGUCGCCCACAAUGCUGAACCACAGUGA